ACGGCUUGUGCAAAAAGAUUGUGGGACAUUUUUCCCACAGUUGGAAAAAAAGGAAGAUGUUAGCCGAAGCCCAGGAAGAACUUCAGCUUCCCCAACAUGCCCUCAUAACAUCAUGCCCGACAAGAUGGGGCUCAAUGCAACAAAUGAUAGACAGGGUUUUGGAGCAGCAGAGGGCAUCGUCUCAGGUCCUUUCAGCUGACCGUAAAACAAGACACCUAGUACCACAAUGGCAAGACACAGAUGUUCUAGAAUCUGUAAGCAAGGCGUUGGGUCCACUUCAGGAGUUCACGGAUGCCCUUUCCAGUGAAAACUACAUCAGUGUUUCCUACGUGAAACCAGUUCUUCAUCUGUUGAACACAAAGAUACUUGCAGUGGAGGAUGAAGAUACUGACCUGACGAAGACUAUAAAAUCAAAAAUUCUCAACUACAUCAACAAACAUUACGAAGCUGAAACUACCCAAGAGCUUCUGGAUAUAGCAACAUUUUUGGAUCCAAGAUUCAAAACCAGCUACACUGAUGAGGAUAAACUUCCAAACAUUAAGGCCAGGGUCAUGUCUGAUAUGGAAAUGAGUUCACACAGGGAUACAUCUGAAUCUGAGAGUAGCACAAGCAGAGAGAAUCCUGACAUCGAUCUACCUCCACCAGGCAAAAAAGCAAGGAAGUCCUUAGGAAGCUUCUUCAAAAUGACAUCAGCCGUGCCAGCAGCUCUGCAACUUGAAGAAGGGAUAGCCUCUGAGCUAAACAGCUACCUGCUUUCUCCAUCCAUUGACAGUGAGGAAGAUCCUCUGAAAUGGUGGAGACUCCAGCAGAUAAAUUUUCCAAGAAUGAGCAGGGUUGCACAAAAGUAUCUUUGUGUUCCCGCAACCAGCUCACCUUCAGAGAGAGUGUUUAGUACUGGGGGAAAUGUGGUGACAUGUCACCGUUCAUGCUUAAAACCAGAAAUGGUGAACAUGCUGGUUUUUCUUGCAAAAAACCUUUAAGAGAGCAAUCUAUUCUUUGGUUCUGUUAGUUUUUAUUUAUUGUUAUGACUGGAGUUUAGGUUAGUUAAUCUUAAUUUAUUUUAUGUUGUCUGUUUUUAAGACACAAUUUAUUACAAUUUUGUUUAUUAAGCAGUUAAUACUACUGUACAGUAUGUUAUUUCAUUGUGAAAUGUGUGCAGUUAAAUAGAAUUUUAGGUUAGUUAACCAUAAUAUAUUUUUAAAGACAGUUUAUUACAGUUGUAUUGUGGUUGAUACUAUGUUAUUUCAUUGUGAAAUGUUUUGUUUUGCACUUCUGGUGCACUGAAUACAUUUAGAAUGUAGCAUGUUUAAAAAAGCAAAAACAAUUGCCAAAAUCGCAAAUAAAAUCGCAAUUGCAAUAUUCCUUAAAAAAAUCGCAAUGUGAUUAUUUUGUCCAUAUUGCACAGCCCUACUGCACAAUGUAUGUGCGUACUGUGAGCUACUGGCCCGGCCAUUCGACAACGUGAUUUUCCAUCCCGCAGUGCUACUUUCCCAUGCUAGACAGACGGGUUUCAGCGUUCGCGUGCGUCUCUCGCGUCUGCAGUGCCUCGUGCAUAUAAGCACGAGUGUUUACGGCGGUUCGUGGGUGAUCUGCUGACUGUAUCACAAGUAUAGCAAUUGCAAGUUCACAUUAUGUUAUUUUUAAUACAUUCACAGGCAAACCUCUUCAAAAACAGAUAAUCCGUCUCUUACUUAUGUGCAUUGUAAGCAUAAAACAUGAUGUGUUUAUGUAGUUUUAACAGUUUCUCCGAAGGCUAUGAGGGUUCAGUCAGUGGAGGAAGGAGGAUUGACAUUGUGAUAUGAUCGCCACCUCUGCUAACAUGAGCAGUCGAGCACUAUGCAAAAGCAUAUAGAGAAACCAGACACAGUUCUUUACUAAAAGCUGCGCCUGUUAAGAAAACAAAGCAUAUUUUUUGUGCAAUUACAGUUGAGUCAGUUGAGUUUGUGACAAAACAUUUUGCAGUAUUUACAUAUCGUUUAUUACUGCAUAAUUCAUUAAAAUAGAAGUUUAAUUUGUUUCAUAAAGUACAAGGUGAUUUUAUAAUGACUACAUUUUUUGCAUUUUGUGUUUUAAGGUGAAUAAAAUACUAUUUUUCCCUAUAUAUUUCAUCAUUGAGGAUUUCUUUAAAAAAGUCUAAAAAUCUCGUCUCGUUCUCCUGAACCCAGUCUCGUGUCUCGUCUCGUGGGAUAAGCGCCUCGUCACACCCCUGAUAACUACGUUUUUAAAAAUGUUCAAAAAUCAUGUUUUUGUGCAUUCCAAGUAAUAUCAAUCAAACU